AUGGCCCAAGCUUUCUGCGAGAGGCAAUAUGAAGCAUUCUGGGCUGAUCCUUCCAGCGUACCGAUCACAUGGGUCGGCUUACUCUUCAGUAUGAUUGGCCUCGCAGUACUAGCCGCGGAGCCGCCAGACAGCAUACAAUGUCAAGAUAAAAUCAAGCAGCAGUCGCUACAACUUGAUCUAUAUCGCGAGAAAAUAGUACAGUGCCUUGUUGCAGGCGAGUACACUCGAUCUGGCCCGUAUGUCCUAGAAACUGUCAUUAAUUAUGUCUAUAUUGAGUUCGGUAUCCGGGCCGAUGCGGACAAGGACACAUGGUUUUUGCUCGCGCUGGAGGUCAAUCUUGCUAUGCGAAUGGGAUACCACCGCGACCCUAGUCACUUUCCGGGGAUAUCACCUCUUCAAGGCGAGAUGAGACGCCGCCUGUGGGCGACGGUCCUAAUGAGUGACGUGCUCAUAUCCAGCCAGAUGGGGCUUCCCCGGAUGAUUGCGGAAAACCGGUGUGACACCGCCGAGCCUCGAAACCUGAAUGAUACCGACUUUGAUGAGGAGACUGUUGAGCUGUGCCCAUCGCGACCUGAGACAGAACAUACAGCAGCCCUGGGUAUCAUUGCUCGAAGAAGAAUGCUGAUGGCAUUAGGCACCAUAUUAGAUCUCACUGCUGCAGUUAAACCCUGUAGCUAUGCGGAAGUAAUGCGAGUCGACGGCAUUUUGCACGACGCUUUUGCUAGCAUUCCGCCUCCUUUGAAGACGAAACCAAUCGCGGCUAGCGUGAUGGAUUCCCCCCAUAUCAUCAUGUCACGUCUCUUUAUUAGCCACAUGUUUUAUAAGGGGCAAAUCAUUCUGCAUCGGCGGUUUCUUUACCAGAAGCCCCCCGCAGAUGGAAAUGAUGACCCGUUCACCUAUUCUCGCACAGCAUGCCUUGACGCCUCACUCGGCACUUUAGAUAUCCAGCAUAUCCUAGAUGAGGAAACGUGCCCUGAAGGUUUACUCCACACACUCCGCUGGCGUGUAUCCUCGAUCAUGAACCAUCAAUUCCUAACCGCCACUGUGAUCCUGUGUUCACUGUUACAUCAAGGAAAAACCCUAAACCGUGAAGAAGAGAUUAUAACGGCGCUGCGGCGAUCAAGAGCGAUCUGGGUGCGAAAGUGUUCCGGAUCUAUUGAGGCGAAGAAGGCCGCCGAAACUGUCAACAUUGUUCUCGCGAGAGCUGGUGAGGGUCAUGGAUGGGGCAUCUCUCCUAGGAGCCACAACGCUAACGCGCUGAUGGAUGGGCGAGUCACCGGAACCCAUCCAAACUCGAAUACUGACAAUCAUGAUACCAGCGCUGAGCCAGCUAUUCCGGAUUCUAUGGGCCUUUACGAGUGUAUGUCCGUCUUCAUCCGUCUUAGUAUCAUGAGAACAUUGGGCUAA